AUGGCCAACAACGACCGCGUUCGAGUCCGGGGCGUGACCAUACACCGUCCGAUCAUCUACGGGAACACAGCGACGGUCCUGACCGAGAAGGAGAAGGAGACCCUCCCCACCGACCACACCCACCGAUGGACCGUCGCCGUGAGGAGCGCGGCGUCCGCCCCGGACUCGGACAUCGUCGGAGGGGCGGAUGACUUGAGCUAUUUCAUCAAGCGGGUGACCUUCAAGCUGCACGAGACCUAUCCAAACCCGAAUCGAGUCUUGGACAAACCUCCGUUUGAGGUCACAGAGACAGGAUGGGGUGAGUUCGAAAUUGCAAUCAAAAUCCUCUUCCUCUCCGACUCGGGUGAGAAGACCAUGACUUUCUACCACCACUUGAAGCUACACCCGUGGACCCUCGUCACUGGGCCAGACGUCGAGAUCCCCACUCCCGAGGUUGCGGCGAAGCUUGGGCCCGUGCAUUCGUGGCAAUACGAUGAAAUCGUCUUCAACGACCCUUUCCAGUCCUUCCUCAACCUUCUCACUGCCCACCCACCGACGUCACUACCGAAAAUCAAACGCCGUCCAGUGCCCUUCCACACCGCCGAUCCGUCUUCGCUUGAGGCGUCGAAGGGCGGUGUUCCGGAAUUCCAGCAGGAAAUGGAGAAAGAGGAGGGAGAACGGUUGGAGAAGGCCCUGAAGACGAUUAUCGAGGACACGCACAAGUGGCGGAACAAGCUCAUUGAGUGCGAAAAGGAGGCUAACAGACUCAAGAAAGAUUUGGACGCGUUUCAAUCGUGA